AUGGCAGUGAGCUGGCUGCAGGACCGCGAGGUGGCGGACCUCUGCAUCGGCAAGCCGCCGACCAGGCCGAUCCCACUCUCCGCCACCGUCGGCGACGCACUCCUCGCCCUCAGGAACGCCGGCGCAGACGACCGCCUCGCCGUCUGGGCCGCCGAUCGCGCCGCUCCCGAGAGGAGGGCCUGCGUCGGGAAGGUGUGCAUGGUCGAUGUCAUCUGUUACCUGUGCGCCGAGGAGAACCUCGAGGCGCCCUGCGCCGCCCUCGGCGCGCCCGUCUCCGCCUUCCUCUUUCCCAAGGCCGCCGCCCCCCUCGUCCGCCGCGUCGAGCCCAGCUCCAGCAUUUUAGAAGCUCUCGACGCGAUUUUCGACGGGGUGCAGAGCCUGGUGGUGCCCAUCCGCGCCGCCGCAUCGCGGAGGAAGCUCGCCGGCGGGGGAGGCUCCGCCGAGUUCUGCUGGCUGACGCAGGAGGACUUCCUUCGCUUCUUCCUUAACUCCAUCUUCCUCUUCUCCCCCGUCCCCGCCCUCUCCGUCUCCGACCUCGGCCUCGUCCGCCCCGCUGCCCUGACCGUCCGCCACCAGGACCCCGCGCUGUGCGCUCUCCCCCUCAUCCGCGCCGCCCUCACGGAGCAGACCUCCGUCGCCGUCAUCUCCAACAACGGCCACCUCGUCGGUGAGAUCUCCCCCUCCACCCUCGCCCACCUCGACGAGCGCGUCGCCGCUGCCCUCGCGGCGCUCUCCGCAGGCGAGCUGACGGCCUACAUAGACUGCUCCGGCACCCUGCCGGAGUCCGCCACAAGGUCCAUAAAAGCCCGGCUGAGGGAGAAGGGGCUGCUGGGCAUGCUCGAGCUCCUCGAGGCUGACUUCUCUCCGCCAUUCUCGCCCACGACGUCCUGCUCCUCCUCCUCCUCGUCCGACGAUGAGUCCUCGCCAUCGGCGGCACCGUCGAACUGUAGGAGACCGAGGCGGCUUAGGUCAGUGGGGAGCUAUUCGGCGAGGAUGGGGAGGCAAUCAGAGGAGGCGAUCGUGUGCCAUCCGUGGAGCUCGCUGGUGGCGGUGAUGAUACAGGCGUCGACACACCGAGUGGGCUACGUGUGGGUGGUCGACGACGACUACUUCCUCGUCGGGAUGGUCACCUUAUCCGACAUGCUUAAGGUAUUCCGGGAGCAGCUUGCUUGA